AUGAAGGCUUUUUCGCUACUGAUACUUCUUGUCGCCUCUGCCGCGACGUCCCCUGCAGAAGAGUCCUUCUGCAGGCAGAAUUCGAGUCUAGCUUUGCAACGCGUCGAACAAGCCUUGUGCAAGUCAAAGUGCGCAUUGAAAGUAAGUCUUUUCCUACCAAAAAGUGUUCAUUUAAAACUAUACAGGACUGUCGGUUCGGAAUUUGCAAUGGCGACCUUUGCUAUUGCCACGAAUGUCCACAUGAAUCGUUUAUUGUUAUUGGUUGA